CCGUGGAAGAGACAUCAAUUGAUCUUGGACCAAGAUUGACAUUAUAUCGGGGAAGCCUGCGAAAGUGGGAAAUAAAAAAACUUCGGGGGAAAUUCCUGGAGCUGUCAACGGUAGCCCGGAUCAAGCCGACUGCAACAACAACACCUUCCCCCUAAUUGCGCCACGAUGCUCACCUUUCGCAAGUCGCUUUUUGCGGCGGUGUUGCUAAUCACCUUCAUCGUCUUUUUCCGAUCUUCGCAUUCCUCCCCGUCCGUGUCACCGCCGGUGCCCGCCUCCGCCGCGAAGGCCUACGACGAUAGCCAAACAACGAACGACCAGCCCCAGGGGCAAAAGCCGGACAGUAACAAGCAACAACCCCUCUCUCCUCCUCCGAGCGCCCCAUUGCGCGAUCGAUUGCGCUAUCACUUCCCGUACGAUCUCGACGGCAAAUUCCCCGCAUACAUCUGGCAGACAUGGAAGUACACUCCCGAGUCGAUGUUCUUUUCGGAGGAACUGCGUGACCCCGAGGCCAGCUGGACCGAGCUCCACCCGGGGUUUGUUCAUGAGGUUAUUCCCGACGAUACCUUGCGACAUUUGAUCAAGUAUCUUUAUGGAUCGGUGCCGGACGUAUACGAGGCUUUCGAAUCCAUGCCUUUGCCCGUCCUCAAGGCCGACUUCUUCCGGUAUCUCAUUCUUCUGGCGCGGGGCGGGAUCUACAGCGACAUUGACACGACUGCUUUAAAGCCCGCGUCGGACUGGCUGCCUUCGGAGCUGGAUCUGACGACCGUCGGGGCUGUCGUCGGGAUUGAGGCUGAUCCAGAUCGUCCUGACUGGCACGACUGGUAUGCGCGCCGAAUCCAGUUCUGCCAGUGGACUAUCCAGGCCAAACCGGGCCACCCGAUUUUCCGGGACAUCGUCACCUACAUCACGGAGGAAGCGCUGCGAAUGAAGAAGGCGGGAAUCUUGAAAGUCGGCAAGAUGGACAAGACGAUCAUGGAGUUCACGGGACCGGGGGCCUGGACCGACGCUGUCUUCCGGUAUUUCAACGAUCCCGAGUACUUCAACAUCGAGCCUGGUUCUACUUCGAAUGUCACUUACGAGGACUUUACCAACUUGGAAGGGUACAAGAAGGUGGGAGACGUGGUGAUAUUACCUAUCACGAGUUUUAGCCCGGGUGUGCAUCAGAUGAACGCAGGAGAUAUCGACGACCCGAUGGCAUUCGUCAAACAUAAUUUCGGAGGUACAUGGAAGACCGACCCGUCUCUCUAAGUUGGCUUCUCUGAUCCACAUAUUCAACCCGUCUUGGGCGCGGCGCUCGCUGCUCGAGAUGACGAACUUGGGCGCCUAUUUUUCGACCUGGCGACUGCCUUAGAUGCCAGUAUCGAUUUGGCCGAUAGACCGACAACCACAAGCUCACAAGGAACAGCCAUCCAGGCUGAGCUCCUCGAGCAACAACCGAAGCCAUGAACAUGGCUAAUGUACUUUACUCAUUCCAAUCUGGCCUGCUCUGUAUAUUCCGACCAGACAGGACUGACGCCAUCCGCCACGAUAGGCUCUACCAUCAU